AUAAGUUGUAUCACUGAGCAUCCAGGUUUUCAGUCAAUUUGCCUUGAUUUCUGGGUGCUGGAGACGGCCAAUUGCGCGUACAGGCAGCAGCAAGGGGUGUCUAUAAAACGAAGACCGAAGACCAAAGACCGAAGACUGAAGACCGAAGACCGAAAAACGAAGACCCUAAUCUUUUUGCCCGAAUAAGGCACGGACAGUUAAAAAACCAAGCCAAAGCGUUCCUCGGCGCAAACGGAUGUGAAAAUAACGGGGAUCUUCGUUUUGUAGAAAAGACCCCCUGAAUCUACAAAACGAAGACCCUUACUAAAACGCUUUGUUAGACCCCAAUUGACGCGAAAUCAAGGGGGUCUUCGUUUUGUAGAAAAGACCCCCUGAAUCUAUAAAAGAAGAUCCUUGCUAAAACGCUUUGUCAGACCCCGGGGAAGGGGGGGGGGGAAACUCCUAUACAUUGCCUAUUGGGGUAUGUGCUGCCCGACGGGGUCAUGAUUUCGGAGCUCCUGAUUUAGAAAAGCUAUCCAAUUUUAUGACGGAGCUUCGGUUCGUGGGCGUGAGUUUCCGAUCCUGUCGCCCACUGACAUAAACCAUAUGCGAAACCUGUCACUGAGUCAGCUAUGGUGCUAGCUUUUAUUUCCGAAUUCCUCGAAAAUGAAGCUAUCGGCGAUGUAAAACGGUUUUCCUUGAUUUAUUUGAGAUCGUGCAUGGCUUGAGAAAGCUUCAGAUCGGCUCACGCGCUUGCACUUAAAGUUUAUUUUCAAACAUGCUUUUACUUCAUUAUGUAAACAAUAUUAAUUAAAUUUUAGAGUUCACGAUUACAUUGAUAUGCUUUUGAUACAAUUGUUGGUCCGAAAAGACAUAUAGUACAGUAAUUUACGCUUCCUUGAGAUACGAUUUUCCGCACGGAAUGAUCUCUGCAAAAAGCUUUAUGUUAGAAGUAUAGUAUUAUGAUCAAUUUCUUUAGGUACCUUUUGUUAAAUCAAGGUAGAUAUAAGAGUUUAGAAACUGUGCUUAUCUUGCCUGAAAUCUCCUAAAUAGAAGCAGUGAUGCCGAGGUUUCUUCAUGCUGUGCCUCAAUUUUUAACGCUUUCAAACAAGGAUUCUUAAAACUGACAGGUUAUAACUGAAUAUAAAAAGACACUAUAAAAAUUGCACAUAUUUUGUAAAGGAAGUUUUGUUCUGUGCAUUCUUGCGUGACUUAAUACUGAUCCUAAUAUAAUUGGCUGAAUAGGCCUUAUACAUUAGGUUAUGUGCUCAUAUUUCGCAAAGCUUUGCUUUGAUGCAUCACUCUCAACCCGCUGGUAAAAUGUGUACUUUGAAAGCGAGCUACUAAGACGAGAUAUUUCGAAGGAAACAUGAGUACCAUUUUUUCCCCUGUAACUGCUGUUAGAAUAAUGACCCUGUAAAUGAGGAUCGCAGCCAUUUUUCCUAGUACAAUUAGUUCCUCGUAUAUUCUAACUUAUGUCAAUAGUAGGGAGAACACGCAUACCUGUUUACAUACUUUAUACAUACUUAUACAUCACUGCAAAUGUGAUACAGGGGAUUUCAAUUUCAUUGUAGUUUGAUAAUUAGCACAUCGUUGUUUACUUUAGUUUCUGUUAAUGCUUUUUAAAUAGGUAUGAGUAUUUAAAAUUUUGUUAAUUUUAUCAGGAAUCGAAGACAUUUUCCCUGUGUAUAGUUUCUAUAAUUUCAGAAUUGCAUAACCACAAAUAAAACAAUAUUUUAUUCUUUUGGUGUCUAACUUUCAUUGCCAUAGGGAACUAUCCAAUCGAAGGUGUUCGUUUUGUAUAUUCACACGGUCAUUUCGAAUUCUACAAAACGAAGACUCUAAUGAUUUCGUGUCAUUUGGAGUCUGACAAGGCGUUUUAGCUCCGAAAUCAUGACCCCGUCGGGCAGCACAUACCCCUAUAGGCAAUGUAUAGGAGUUCCCCCCCCCCUUCCCCGGGGUCUGACAAAGCGUGUUAGUGAGGGUCUUCGUUUUAUAGAUUCAGGGGGCUUUUUCUACAAAACGAAGAUCCCAUUGAUUUCGCGUCAAUUGGCGUCUGACAAAGCGUUUUAGUGAGGGUCUUGGUUUUAUAGAUUCAGGGGGCCUUUUCUACAAAACGAAGAUCCCCGUUAUUUUCACAUCUGUAACGCUUUGGCUUGGUUUUUUAACUGUCCGUGCCUUAUUCGGGCCAAAAAAUUAGUGUCUUCGUUUUUCGGUCUUCGUUUUGUAGACACCCCAGCAGCAAGGCACAGAUAAUCACACCGGAAACGAGUAAGCUAAAUGUUUUCUGUUUCAUCUGUUUUGUUACAUUUUGAGAUCGAUUUUCUUGGGUUGUUUUUGCCAUUGACUUAAUAAUACAAUACUAGAGCUAGUUGUUUUUCGCUUCUUUCCUGGCAGGAAAUUUCGCUAAAUUACCUACAGAUAGCUUAUUCGUUGGUGUUGGGAAUAUCUUGGCAAACACUUCAGGGUCGCUGUGCCAUCUUGUGCGUUAAACAAUAUCCGAAACAUUUUUCCAGCGGAUUUUGGAUCGCCUUACACUGGAUUAAAACCGCCAAACCUUUGA